UGGAGAUUAACGUGUCUGUAAAAGCCUUGUUACAUUAUAACUUACUUGUAUUAUUGAUGCUCCAUUCUGAUACUUACAAACACCGUCUUAGCGAACAAUGUUUUGAUGUGAAGUCUGGUGAUUGUAUGUGUGGAGAAGAUAAACUGUAAGAGCAUGGAGCUGAGGGAGGUCGGUGAUGUAUUCCCUUUCAGAGCGGGAGUGGCAUGCUGCUGACGGUUGGUUAUAAAUAAGUAUUUCUCUGGGCCAGAACCCAGACAAGCAGACCCAGGGGAGAUAGGGGAGCAGCGGACUCACCAUUGCCCAGUCCAAGCACAAGGUGGCGAUGGAGACCUCCUCUACAGCCAAACAGUCUGACCAGGAGGUUCCCAAGAAGGAAAGGACAGAUGGAGAGCCUGGUGAGAACAGGGAAGAAGAAGAUACAAUGGAACAUGGAACAGCAGUGGUGUCUGACCGUAAGCAGAUGGCCAGGGAGGCGUUGGACAGACUGAACGUCUGGGAGCCCAGUGUUUACUACACCCUGGGAAAAGAGUCCUUCUUCAUCGCUGGUCAUGAAAUCUGCAUCCGAGAGUCUCUGGACUCCUACGGCGCCCUCAUCUGGCCGGGGGCGGUAGCUCUAAGUCAGUUCCUGGAGAAUAACCGGCAGCAGGUGAAUCUCCUGGAUAAAGCAGUUCUGGAGAUCGGGGCAGGCACAGGCUUACUGUCUAUUGUGGCGAGUCUACUGGGAGCCUGGGUAACGGCCACCGACCUGCCCGAAAUCCUUCCCAACCUGACCUUUAACCUCUCUCGUAACUCCAAGAGCCGCUGCCGCUACACGCCCCAGGUGAGGGCCCUCACCUGGGGUCAAGACCUCGAGAGAGACUUCCCCUGCACUUCCUGUCGCUACGACUAUGUUCUGGCAGCCGAUGUGGUGUAUCACCACGACUACCUGGAGGAGCUGCUGGCGACCAUGCGCCACUUCUGCAGACCAGCAAGUGGCACCACGCUCCUGUGGGCCAAUAAGGUGAGGUUUCAGUCAGACCUGAGGUUCAAGGAGAGCUUUGAGAGUUGUUUUAGUACGACACUACUGACAGAGCUGAAGGAGGGGGACGUGAGGAUCUAUAAGGCCACUGCACGGGAGUGAGAGGGAGGAAAGGGGGGAGAGAGGAUAGACAUGGAGGGGAUAGUGAGAAAUUAAGGAGAAAGAGGGAUGGAGAGACCAGGGAGGAUAGGAGCUAGACUCAAGGAAAAGAGGUGAGAAAUAGAAGAGAUGGAAGUUGUUCUCCACCAUGGAUGAAACAGGAGCUCACUAGCUCACUACUGAGAACGGACUGCCUGGAGCCCAUUCUGUGGUGCUAAGUCAUCCUCGGGAUGGGUACAUUCACCUCAUCAGCAUAUUAGACAGACAACAAAAGCUGAUUCUGUGUUUCAAUGACAUUCCUGUGAGCUACAUUAUAUUUACAAUGUGUCAUGCAGAAACUCCAUGUGACUUUUCAAAAAACUGGUAGAUAAGUGUUUUUUUUUCUUCAUAUACAGUGCCUUGCGAAAGUAUUCGGCCCCCUUGA